AGUACUGUAAGAGCAAGCGCUCAUGGCUAUUGUGAAGAAAAGCGCGUCUCUCUCUGCCACUGGAAGGAAGACGGAGGAGGAAUCAUCAGACCGCUAGGUUCCAAAGAAUGACAGCCCCAAUUAUCAGCUUCAUCAUCUCUCGCAUCUGUCUCCUUCCUGGAGUUUUAUGUUUAAUACAUAUACAUAUAUGUGCUGUGGCAUCAACACACCUCGGUCAUCCUCAUACCAAGCCGUGCCAAUUGACAAGUCUAGCAUACUGUAAGGCUCGGUCGCAUUAUCUCAUCACUUUCGAUUGCAUCCUUCUGCUCCACAACCCCGAGCAUUAUUGUGUCUCGUCAAUUUUAUUUGAUUGGAUUUUCGGGAUCCGCAGCCUUUCGCAAACGCGACCCCGUGUGCCAUUACCGUAUCUCCGUUUUGUGCAGUUGAGCCUCAUCAAAACCAUUGCCGGCGCCCAAGCCCAAGUCCAAGCUGCACCGUCGAAACAUUAAAGUUGAAUGCCGGCGGCGCAUGUCCGAGUGCAUUCCUGCGCGCGCCCAAUGUGCAGCUCUUUGGCGCCCCCUUUUCUUUUCACCUUGGCCAAUUCC